AUGGCCUCAUCAGACGCUACUACAUUCUUCUCCAGAGCAGAUAAAUACCUAAUGAGCACUGGUGUUCCCUACUCCCCUGUGAUAAUCACCAAGGCCAAAGGAACCCGCCUCUACGAUGCCAACAAUCGCCAAAUCCUCGACUUUACAUCGGGCCAAAUGAGCUCUCUCCUAGGCCAUUCCCAUCCCGAAAUCGUCGAAAUCAUCCAGAAGCAUGCUGCAGAGCUCGACCAUCUGCUCAGCAACAUGAUAACGCACCCUGUCGUGGACCUAGCGGAACGACUCGCUCGCUUCCUUCCGGCACCGCUUGAAAAAUCUUUCUUCCUCAACACGGGGUCUGAGUCUAUAGAAGCAGCUAUCAAGAUGGCUAAAUGCUAUACCGGUAAUUUUGAGAUCGUUGCAUUUGCAGCCAGUUACCAUGGCCUAACACAAGGCGCCGGGUCUGCGACCUACUCCGCCGGUCGAAGAAAAGGUGGGCCCGCCAUGCCAGGCCAGCUCGCCUUCCCAGCACCUUAUGCGUACCGCUCUCCAUUCCGGAAGUCAGACGGCUCUUACGACUGGGAAACAGAGCUAGAAUUUGGCUGGUCGAUGAUUGACAGACAAAGCGUGGGGUCACUGGCUGCAUUUAUCAUGGAGCCUAUUCUCUCCACUGGCGGUGUCCUGGACUUCCCAGCGGGAUAUCUGCAGCGCAUGAGCCUUGAAUGCAAGAAGCGCGAUAUGCUUCUUAUCAUGGACGAAGCGCAAACCGGGGUCGGUCGUACGGGACGCUUGUUCGCGUUUGAGCACGAUGACGUUGUCCCGGAUAUUCUUGCCCUCUCUAAGACCCUGGGAUGUGGUCUUCCGCUUGCUUGUGUCAGUACUACCACAGAGAUCGAACGUGGUUGCAAGGAGGCUGGGUUUCUAUGGCUCACGACGCAUCUCAACGAUCCCUUGACCGCGGCGGUGGGAAACAAAGUCCUCGAAAUCGUGGAGCGGGAUCAUAUCUGCGAACGCGCUAUAGAUCGCGGGGACCAGUUACGUCGUGGUCUCUUGAAGCUUCAGGAGAAGUACUGGUGUAUUGGCGACGUGCGUGGUCGGGGUCUGUUGCAAGGUAUCGAGAUCAUCUCUGAUCCCCAGACCAAGGCUCCCGGACCAGAGCUUGGACAGGCGGUUUCAGAACAGGCGAUGGCAAGGGGACUGUCCUGUAAUAUUGUCAAUUUGCCUGGUAUGGGUGGUGUUUUUCGUCUGGCGCCGCCAGUUACUGUUUCUGCGGAGGAGAUUGAGGAGGGCCUGAGGAUACUAGAUGAAGCUUUUGUACAUGUUCUUAGUGAAACGACUGCCUAG